AUGCCGGGAGGGAGCCGCGUGGACCCCCAGAAAAGCCACGAGGUGACCUAGGACUCGGGACCCAGGAGCAUGACGCUUGAGGGGCAGGAGACAGCCGGCCCGCUCCGAGCGACCCUGCUGCCCACAGCCAACGGCAGUAGGCCAAGCCAGGAGUUGGAGGGCCAUUGGCCAGAAAUCCCAGGGAGGUCCCCGUGUGUGGCUGGUGUCAUCCCUGUCAUCUACUACAGCAUCCUGCUGGGCCUGGGGCUGCCUGUCAACCUCCUGACCACGGUGGCCCUGGCCCGGCUGGCCGCCAGGACCAGGAAGCCCUCCUACUACUACCUUCUGGCGCUCACGGCCUCGGACAUCGUCACGCAGGUGGUCAUCGUGUUCGUGGGGUUCCUCCUGCAGGGGGCCGUGCUGGCCCGCGAGGUGCCCCGGGCCGUGGUGCGCUCGGCGAACAUCCUGGAGUUUGCCGCCAACCACGCCUCGGUGUGGAUCGCUGUGCUGCUCACGGUCGACCGCUACAGCGCCCUGUGCCACCCCCUGCACCACCGGGCCGCCUCGUCCCCGGGCCGGAGCCGCCGGGCCAUCGCCACCGUCCUCGGAGCUGCCCUGCUGACGGGCAUCCCCUUCUACUGGUGGCUGGACGUGUGGCGGGACGCGGACGCCCCCAGCCUGCUGGACGAGGUCCUCAAGUGGGCCCACUGCCUCACCGUCUACUUCAUCCCUUGUGGUGUUUUCCUGGCCGCCAACUCGGCCAUCAUCUGGCGGCUGCGCAGGAGGAGCCACGGUGGCCCGCGGCCCCGGGUGGGCAAGAGUACGGCGAUCCUCCUGGGCGUCACCACGCUCUUCGCGCUCCUUUGGGCGCCCCGGAUCUUUGUCAUGCUCUACCACCUGUACGUGGCCCCUGUCCACCGGGACUGGAGGGUGCACCUGGCCUUGGACGUGGCCAACAUGGCCGCCAUGCUCAACACCGCCGUCAACUUUGGCCUCUACUGCCUUGUCAGCAAGACUUUCCGGGCCACCGUCCGAGAGGUCAUCCACGACGCCCACCUGCCCUGCACCCUGGGGUCGCGGCCAGAGGGCACGGCGGCGGACUCUGUGCUCAAGCCUCCCGGCCUUCCCAAAGGGGCAGAAAUGUAG